AUGAGUUCAGAGGUUUCUGCUCAAAUAAUUAAAAAAGAUGGAUCUCCAAAGAAAUCGAUGAAUCCACCUAAGAAAUUUCCUUUAUUAUUAAAAAAUAAAGGAAAGUCACCACCUUUUAUUCAAAAAAAUAAUAUCACAAAUAAUAGAGACAAUGAUAUAAACGGUGAAGGAAUUAAUUCUGAUAUUUCAAAUAAGAAAAUUCCACCCAAAUUAAAAGCAAUGAAACCCAAAAUAAAAAUACCUGAACCCAAAUUUAAAACAUUAGAAAUGAAAAGUGAUGAAAAACCAUCAAAUAUUAACAAUGUUCAAAAUGAUAUGAAAAAGAUGAUGCCAAAACUGAAAUCAAUCAAACCAAAAAUAAAAAUACCUGAACCAAAAUUUAAAUCAUUAGAACAAACUAUCAAAAAAGAAGAAUCAUGUAUCAAGUCUACAGGUUCAAACAAGGAACCACCCAAGUCAAUUAUGAAACAAUCUAGUACUUAUAGUAAUAAUUCACAACCCAUAUUAAAAAGACUUCAAACAUCGAAAAAAAAAGUGUCUAUUGAUUUAGUUGAUGAUGAAGAUGAUAUAUCAAAUGAAAAAAAUUUGAAUAAAAAUUCAUUAUUCAAAAAUAAAUAUUAUGAAAAAAUAAAUAUUCUAGAUAAAUUAAAAAGUGUUUCCUCCAAUGAAAUAAAUAAGAAUGAAUCAAAUGUGUCCACAAAAGUUCCUAUGGGAAUAGGUAAAAUAUAUUAUUCCAUUAAAGAAAAAGGGAAAGCUUAUCAACCCUCAUUAUCUUCCUCUAUCAAAGAAAAAACAAUAACCAAUAAUGGUACUGCAUCAUUGUCACAAGAAUUGGAAAAAAAUAUAGGAAAUAACCAUCAUAUGAAUAAUGACAAAAUGUCAAAAAAUGAUUUAUCUAAUGAUAUACUAAACAAUUCAAAUAAUAGUGCAAAAAGGAUGUCAAUGGAAAAAAUAUCCAAUAAUGAUAAUAUACUAUUAGAAAAAAAUAAUACAAAUAUUAGACAAAUGAGUCAAUCACAAAUUAAGAUGUCCAAUACAUAUGGAGAAAAUAUUCUAGUGGGAAUCAAAGCCAAUAAAUCGAAUGUAGGACCAUUGACAACAUUAAAUGAAAGUAAAUUAAUUCAAGAUACUCAUUAUAUAAAUGCUUUUUCAAGAUAUAGUGGUAAUUAUGUAGGUAAAGUGACAGGACCUGCUCAUUCUAUAUCUAACUUGGAUAAAACUCCACAAAAUAUAAAUGACAAAAAGAGAUGUGUUCAAAAUGAUAUUCAUAAAAAUGGGUGCAUGUAUAAGGGAGUACCACCACCCUUUUAUGAUUAUCCUUAUAUGAUGAAUUAUCCUUAUUGUAAUAAUAUGUUAUAUAAUGGUGCAAUGGACAACCACCCUUUUUAUUUUUAUCCAGGAUUUUAUGUACCUAUGUAUCCAUAUGAUUAUUCAUAUAAUGAGACACUACCAUUUUUUAACAAUGAAAAUAUUAUACCCAAUGGAGAUGAUACUAGUGAUAUUUCUAAAUCCAUGAAGAAAAAUAAAAGAGGAGACAGAAAUAAACAAAAAGGAAUAAAUAAAAAAUGUGAAGAUAAUAUGAUAAUAGCUGGAGGGCAUUUGAAGCCAUUACAAUUUAGAAAUGGAGCAGAGUGGAAUAAGAAGAAUGAAAAAAAAUUUUAUGAUGAGGAAGGUGUAUACUAUGAAGAUGAUUAUGAUGAGGAGGAUGAUGAAUAUUAUGAUGACGAUGAUGAGGAUGAGGAAUAUAAUAAUGAAGACAAACUCUAUAAAGAACAACAUAAGAUAAACAAUAAAUAUAAAAGUUCUUAUAUUGGAAAUUCAAAAUGGUACGAAAUCGAGCACAAAUUGAAUAAUUGUCGAGGGGUUAUAGAAGAAGAUAAAGCAACAAAAGGAAUGAUGAAAAAAAAAAAAAAAAAAAGUGUGAAUGAAAAAAAAGCUUAUUACGAAGACGAAACGAAAUAUUAUGAUGAGUAUGAAAGUGAAUAUAGUAAUCCAUAUGACAGUGAAUAUAAUGAUACCUAUCUUUCUGAUGAUCAAUUAAAAAAUAAGAAUAUGUAUAAAAAUGGUAUAUAUAAUAAAAGACGAUUAAAUAAUAGAAAACAAAAGCAUGAUUUAGAAGAAAACACAUUGGAAGAUACAUAUAAUUUCAAUUUUGAUGAUAUAUAUAAAAAUUACAAAAUUGAAUAUUUAAAUGAAAAACUUAAGUGGGCCAAUGAAAACUUGAAAAAAAAGAAAAAUAUGAAAAAUAUGAAAAAUAAGAAAAACCAAAAGGAUGAAAUCAAAAUAGAUCAGGAAGAAACAAAUGAUUGUGGUCCUACAGAAGGUACACGAAAAAAGAAUGUGGAACGUUUAGAAGAUAUAGCUCAUUUAUUUUUACCAAAGCAGAAAAAACAUGAUAACAUGUUUAAUUUAUCAUUAAACAUUUCGAAGAUGUCUAAUAAUGAUAAGGACGAUAUAAUAAAUAUGCUUUUUUCUUGUAGAGAAUUAGAAAAAUUAAUUGAAGAACAGCAUUGUGUAUUGGAUAUGUUGGAUAAUGACUUAAGAGAAGUAAAUGCAUCAUUAAAGUUACCAGCAACCUGGGAUAAUUUGGAAAAUUUUGAAUUAUUACAAGAAAAUAUUUUAAAGGAAGAAGAACAUGGAUUGCCAUUAAAUAAUACUCCUUUUUUUAUAAAAGGAAAGGUAGCACUAAUACCAAAGGAUAUAAAUACUUUUUUUGAUGAUGAAAAAAAAGGUGGAUUAAUAGGAAAAAAGGAUUAUUAUAUUAAGAAUGUGGUUCAGAUGGCAACUCAAGUGAAUACCCCAACGCCUGUUAAAUAUGUUCCAAAAUUUACGAAAGCGAAAGUAAAGCCAAAAGUGCCCUUGUUAUUGAAAAAUAAUGCUAAAGCUUAA